UUGACCAUCCAUGACUGUCCUUGAUGUAAAAGUAUGAUGAGGUGAUUCAUUAGUGAGAGUUGAUUGGUUGAAGAUGAUGAGAAGAUUUAACCUAACAAUGGUCAGGUCUGGUGAAAUUUUAAAAAAUUUAAAAAACUAAUUUGUCCAUCUUAUCAAGACAAUGACACUUAUUGUACCAUUGGAUGUUAGAGCCUGCACAAAGUUGCCUCUGAUGGACUCUCCUACAAUGCAGGCAAGAUAUCUGUACUGAUAUCCAUCAGGGCUGUCUACACAACACCUUGAUUCACCAGUGAGUCUGCUGCAUACUGUACAUGCAGAGUGAUAUGUUAAUUGGUGUGAAGAACAGACCGAUUAAGAGGGAGGUCCAAGCAUAAUGGUCUGGGCAGGAAUGUUUAGUCAUUCCCGAGAUUUUGAAAUUAUCAGUAACUAUACUGCGAUGUGUUUUUUUAACACAGGAAAUACCACUUCUGAGUGCACCUUUGGAAAUUGUCCCUGGAAGAUUUUAUUUUGGCAAAGAAGAGUGGGAUUUCAUGAGUAGUAAGAACAACUUCAGGCAUGACAAUAGACAAUUUGAUAGAGUUUGGCAUGACAAUAUCCAUGUGAAAACUGGCAACAUGUGUCAAGAAGAAAUGCUGAAACAAAUUAGGUCAGGAACCACUUAUUCAAUACAUGAAGAUUCCUAUGUUGACAUAGCACUCUCUGAAAGAUACUUGGAAAAUUACUACACACAGAAGUCGAGGUACAUUACAGAGCCUGACACAGAGCCUGAGGCGCUGGUUUUUAACUUUGAAGGACGAGAAUCCCCUGUGGGUUCAGUGGGAUGCUGCAGUUUCAUUGAAGGAGACGAUGAUUUGGAGUUCCUGAACGACCUGGGACCCAAGUUUAAGACCCUUGCCGAGAUCUGCACCAGUAAAGAAAGCAAGGCGGAAGACUCGGUCAUUCCAUCAAGGCCUACCAAACAGGAUAGUACUGGUUUAAGUCAUGCAGUGAGCAGUGCAGAACAUGUAGUGACAACUGAAACUAAGACACCCAGCCCAGUUUUGCCAGUCAUGAUCCAGCAAAGCACUGAGUCACCUUCUGCCAUUUUUAAAACCACAGACAUCAGAGAAAAUGUUGCAGUUUCCAAUUCAGCAUAUGUCACCCAACAGCCUGUGUAUUACACUACCACCCCAAUGGUUCAACCCACUCGGUACAUUGUGAAGCCGCAGGUCCACAACACCAUGCUUGUCUCAGAAAGGCCAGCUUCUCCUAAUGUACAGGGUGUGCUGCUGGUGAAAGAAGGCCCAGGCUCUGAGAAGGUCCUGUUUCAAGAGAACAGAGUGGUGUCUGGCUCUGCUGUGCAGGGUGGAGUGCUGGGUUACCUCCAUGGCAAUGGCUCUCAGAAUGUGGUGUUAGUGGGGACGAAGGCUGGGUCAGGGCAGUUUGUGCAGGAAGGGAUUGCUGGGCUUAAUCAAGGAGCCAUGCACAGGGUUGGACUGCCAGGCUCUCAGAAUGUGGUGUUAGUGGAGAGGAAGACUGGAUCAGGGCAGUUUGUGCAGGAGGGGAUUGCUGGGCUUAAUCAAGGAGCCAUGCACAGGGUUGGACUUCCAGGCUCACAGAAUGUGGUGUUAGUGGAGGGGAAAGUUGCAUCAGGGCAGGUCAGAGGUGAAAUAUCUGGAAAACAGAGUAUGAUGUUUACAGAAAAAGUGGUAUCAUCUAGCUCAGGUGCACAAGGUGGAAUGAUGAAUGGAGGUUCCUUUUACAUGAGUGAUCUGCAUGGUUCUCAUAAAGUAAUUAUGAAAGAGAAAACUGUCUCUCAUCAAAACAUGCAAGACACCAGUUAAAAGACGCAUAUCUUGGUUGUGAUUGGCGACAAUUAAAUGCAUUCAUUUGAUUAUAUUAAUAGUAUGUUGAUUUCAUAAUGUUUGAAACACCUUUCAUGUGUUCUAAAUGUUACAUGCAGUGAAAUUUUCAUUUCAUAAUAGGGCAGUUCCUUUCAGUCCCAAAAAGCUCUUAUAUAAAAAUACGUCCAGUCUUAAAAUCUGACAUCAUCAACGUUUUAGUUCAUGCUACGAUAAUGUUCAAUACAUGUUCAGUGUUAAAGGUUUGUUUUCUACUAGGUUUGUGAACAGAAGUCUGUGAAUCUAAAAAUAUUGCUAUCUAUGGAGGAUUUACACAUAGCUUACUUUCUAAGAGUUUGUGCAAGAGUUUUAAUCUGAAAUAGUUGUACUUUUACUGUAUAUAAUUAAUUUAAAAGUCAUUGAACGUUAUACAUCCAAAUAGACAUGACACAUUGCAUAACAGAUGUACUCAUUUUGAAUAAAUUUGUUAUUUGUAUUCAUUUGAAAGGGGUUAAUAUGAAAAUGUUUCAGUAACGAUUAAUUACUGAAUGGUUCUUAUUUAAGCGUUCUUAAUGUGCGCUGCCUCGCUUUAAGUAUACAGUAUAUACUACUGCUCUUCUUAAUUUAGUAUUAAUUCUCACUUCAACGUGCUUUGGCGCAGUCGGUGUUAACCCAGUGAUGGAGUAAACGAUAUACUGUAUAUGCAGUUUAAGAGACAAUAUAAACAGAGAUUGAAAAUUUCGCGCAAUAAUGAAAAGAACUGCUUCCGUGACAGAAACUGCGAGACUAAUGUGUUAAUCCAGACACUUCCAAUGUUUUACACUUGCUAAAUAAAACAAUAAAA